CGGGUCGGGAGUAGCUGGUAGCAUCGCGGAGUCCUCAUGGUGCUGUGCCAGAGCGGCGAGGCCGCCGCCGUUCCGGCCGUGGAGGAGCCGGAGGCGCCGCUGCGGCGGGAGGACGGUGCGGGCGCCGAGGAGCCCCGCGGCUGCUGCUCGGGCUGUUCCCGGCUGCGCUGCUGGGGGGCAGCGGGAACAAAGAAGAAAACUGCCUGUCCAGGACUUGGUCUAUUUUAUACUGUACUGUCUGCCUUCCUUUUCUCAGUGGCCUCUUUAUUUCUUAAAAAAAUAGAAGAUGUACAUUCAGUGGAAGUGAGUGCAUUUCGAUGUGUUUUCCAAAUGGCAUUCGUUCUUCCUGGUUUAAUAUACUACAAAACAGGGUUUUUGGGACCAAAAGGUAAAAGAAUUUUUCUUUUCUUCCGAGGAUUCCUUGGCUCUAGUGCAAUGAUUCUUCUCUACUAUGCUUUCCAAGUCAUGCCACUAGCUGAUGCCACCGUUAUAACUUUUAGCAGUCCUGUUUUUACAUCGUUGCUGGCAUGGAUCUUUCUCAAAGAAAAAUACAGUGUUUGGGACUUUGUGUUUACCCUCUUCGCAAUCACUGGAGUGGUUCUUAUCGCCAGACCACCAUUUCUGUUUGGGUCACACGUUUCAGGGAUCGAAGGAAGUUACACGGAUCACCUUAAAGGAACUAUAGCAGCAAUUACAAGCACAGUAUCUGCAGCUUUGACUUUUGUUAUAUUAAGAAAGGUGGGAAAAUCUGUGCAUUAUUUUUUGUCAAUUUGGUAUUAUGCAGUCAUUGGUUUAAUUGGAUGUGUUAUAGCCUUGUUUGUUAUGAAUGAAUGGCGUUUGCCUUACUGUGGUAAAGAUAGGGUUCUUCUAAUACUGAUAGGCUUGCUAGGGUUAGGGGGUCAGAUAUUCCUCACAAAAGCAUUACAGAUAGAGAAAGCAGGACCUGUAGCCAUAAUGAAAACGAUGGAUGUGGUGUUUGCUUUUAUUUUACAAAUUAUUUUUCUCAAUCAUCUACCUACUUGGUGGACUGUGGGUGGUGCCCUUUGUGUGGUGGCUAGUAGUUCUGGAACUGCCAUUCGUAAGUGGCGACAAAGCUUGAAAAAAGCCAAACAAAAUGAAAUCUAACAAUACAGACACUAAUUCAUUACAGAAACAAGCAAUCUUGAAAUAUAUAUAUAAAAUAUUUAUUUUUAUUUAUUUUAAAGAUCUCAUUUACCAAAUCGUAGUAGCAAGUUAUAUUCAAUAAAAUGAGUUGAUUUUUUUGAAAAAACAAAAUUAAGAGUAUUAUAACAGGUGGUUAGGUAUAUGCUUUUCUUUCUCAUAUUUAGGCAUGCAAAUAUGAGAACUAGGAAGAUAUUUAAAAGUUGCUUGCUUCCUGUCAAAAGUGGACAGUAGUUUGGGAUUUUCCUAAGAUUUUUGAUUCUUCACUUCUUAGACCCUUUCUCUGUUCUUCUGAGCGGUGGAAAUCAGUCUCCCAGGCUUAUUUAAUGCUGUUCUUUGCUUGAUUGCCAGAGAGACUGCAGUACAAAAUAGUUAGAAGGGAAUGAAAAGUUAUACUCGGUGAACAUCCAACUUUUAUAGAACACAUAAAAGUUUAUGCAUUUAGAAGCAAUUUUUUCCCUUACAAAACAGAUGCCAAAUGGGGAUUUAAGUGGAAUUCUAGAAGAACAAAGGGUAUUUCAUCUUUCAAAGUAAUAGCUGGAGAAAAUUCACUUGUAAAAAUUAUCUGUCUGCUUUGCUUUCUUCUAAAUUUUUUUAAAUGUUUGCACUUGCUUCACAGACAUAAUGAAACAACUGAAUUCCUUUGUCUUAAUGUGAUUUUCCCUGUAAACGUGUCUUUAGUUGCUGCAGUCUCAGUAAUGAAAGACAACAGUUAAUAGUAUACCACUUGUAAAUUAGCCAUUUCUUGUGGUAUGGAAUGCUAUGCUGUAGCUGCACUUUUCUUUAUUCUAUGCAAAAAAAAAUAUAUUUUUUUAGGUAUUUAAUAUAGAUUAUUUUAAAUGCUGCUUAUGACCCUUUUUUGUACGAAAGUUCUUUCGGAGACUACGUUUUCUUGGCCUUCAUACAGUUAGGCAAAUGCUUUACAGUAAAUCCUUCUGUUUCCUAAGAAUUUACAAGAAUGCAGAGUAAUUGCAGUUCCAUAGAAAUGGCAGGUUGGCCAAGAUCAUGGUAGAGAUUCUACAGAAUGGGUUUGAGGAGAGCUUGGUGGGAUAGUGGAGCUAUGCACACACAAUUUACCACAUGGAGGCAUCCACACAUUUCUCAGGCUGGCCUUUUAAAUUCUGCACUUAGUCACUUCUCCUACACAUCAUGUCACUUUCAUAGACUUCUAUCUUGAUAGCAACAAAUGCUAAGAAAAAAGGCUGGUAUUAUUGAACUUGGUUUCCUUCAGGUUUGAGGAGGAAUAUAGCUUUAGCAUCAGGCAAGGAAUUGUCACAAAUAGAGUCUUACGUACUUUGGAUCUUGUCUUAGUAGUGCUUAAUGAUGAUUUUACCUUGGAGCUUUAUUUCAUUCUUUGUAUCAUGAGGUGGCUUUCUGUUAUUUACCCACUCCAUUAUUUUUCUGAAGGAGAAUGCUGGGUUGUGUAGGCUUGAUAAUUUUUGGGUUUUGCCUCAAAAUUACUGAAGGUGGCAGAAGGUUUCUUAAUUUGAUUUGCAGAUGCCUAGUCACAUAUAUUUUCUUUUGCCAAUAAGUAUUGCAUCUUGGCAGAGCAGAUCUAGGGGACUGGAGUCUCAAAGGACUGGAAUGUGUGUAGCACUUUGGGAUGCAUCUGGAUGUUAGGAGCCAUCUCUGUGCAAGAUUCUAUACAUAAACCAGCACACUGAAUCCAUAUAUGUGUAUGGACGUGAGCAGAUUCCACUUGAGUGACAGAAGCAUUUCCUGCUUAUAGCUGCUCAUUCUCCUUCUCCCAAAGGCUCAAGUUCAGCUACUGCUGACAAGGUCAGGCAUAGUAUGAGACUGCUUUCACUUCUCUUUGAAGCCUGACAUGAUAAUAAGAUUCCAGUUUGGCACCCAUUUCACUUAACACUCGAAAUUGUAAACUGGGAUUAUUUCUUCUGCUGCUCAGCCGUCGCUGCCAUGUAGCAACAGCUUUCAGGGGAGGGAGGGAAGAUGGACUGCAUUUUUUACUGCUUCACUUAAUGUCAAUUCAAAUGCACACACAGUAAACAUUUACAAAGCUGUGGUUGGUUCCAGAGCAGUUCAGGCUGGUAUAAACUUGGGUUGUCAGUCCUGGUCCCUCCCGUUGGCUUGGUGCUCGCGCUUAUGUGGUUAUGUGGCAAGCUGGCCUGGGGAGCUGAUCCAGCUUCGUAACUGUUUUGUAAGGUUGUUGGAGAGGGCAAAGUCAGAGCAGCCUGGACUUGAUGACAGUGUGAAAACAUGAGGAAGGGGAAUUGGAUAAUAUUUUAAAUUACAGUCUAUGAAUGCUGCCUUGUCAGUACAGAAUAAAAAUAACUUGGAAGUUUAUAUUGAAAAAUCUUUAGGUCACAUGAUUUCAAUAAAUCUUGUUUACACUUAGCAGAGAAGAACAGACUACUGAAGAAAGGACUGUUUUCUUGCCCUUAACACAUUAGUAAGUGCAAAAAAUAGGUUGACCUGAAAUCAACAAGCUGGUAGAGUGUUUGAUAAUUUUUCACUCGAGUUCUUGCAGAAACUUUUCUAUUACCAUACAUGUAGUGCCAACACCUCCGGAUGAUUUUUUUUUUUUCUUUGCCUAAACCUAUAGAGUUUCAUUAUGGCCCCAUCUACUUAUUUCCUUUUGCUGUUUCUAAACCUUCCUAAAUAUUUAAGUUGUUAAAAUACUAAUCUAAACAAAAGCCUGUGUUGCAGAACAUAGUAUUUCCUGAACAUUAUUUUGAUUUUGAUCCAUAUUUUAGAGAAUUGUUUAACUGAUGUGAGAAGGAAGGGCUUGAUUAGGGCCUCUCUAAGCAUAAAGCAUGACAAGCUAGCUUCUAUAACUUGUUUUUCCAGAUAAUUUGGAGAAUAGAAGACAUUUAAGCUUUAAGGUUUUUUGACCACCUCAAUUUUUAAAUUUUUCUUCCUAUCAAAUACAGGUUGAAAACUAAAUUUUAGUUGGAAGCCUUGAAGAAAAUGAAUUGUGCAGAAGUAUAGAUACCCUAAAAUGUUUGGGAAAUUUAAAACGGAAAGUAUUUACAUUUCCUGUUAAAAUGUUUAAACUUUUUUUUUUCUUCCAAAGCUUAACAGUUUGAGAAUCUGAAAUUAAACUGGCUGAGCCUUGAUUCUUUCAGAUUCUGAUUUUGCCUUUUUUCCUGGGUUUUGGGGAUUUUUUCUUUCUUUGGAUAGAUUUUUAUUUUAGAAAAUUUUUUAGUUUUGAAAUUUUUAAUACAGUAAGUUUCUCAGGGUCAAAUAUUAUUUUUCUAAGCUUUGAGUCAGAAAUAUAUUAUUAUUAAUGUUCAUUGCCUGUAGUGUUCUCUCAUGAUCUUUACAGUAUUUCUAAGUUUCAUAAAUGUACUUUUCUAAUAGGAAGUCCUUCCUUUGUAUAUUGUUGCAUUGCAAAUGCUAUGUUAUAAAGUUAAUUUUCUCUUGAAUUUCAACAUGUUCAACAUACUGAUUUCAGUGGAACCUAAAUAGCAGGAGUAAUAAUUAAUUAUUGGUUGCUUUGCACAUAAACACAGGGUAAAAGCAUUUAGUUGUUACUGAUGCAUCAAAGCAUGUUUCUUGUGUUCUUUACUAUGCAAAACACUGUAAUCAUCUGUUGUCUUCAGUGAGACUUGAUAGCCUUAAAGCCUUAUGUACCUGACUGUUCUAUUGUAAAGGUGAUGGCUGAAAAAGCUACCUACUGUCACUGUGCAGCAGCCAGUUUCUUUCAGGUGAAGUUGGUUGUCAAAGUAUGAUCUGAAAGCUCUCUAAAUACAUCUGCACUAAGAAUUUGACAAGCUCAUUGUGUAGGCAAGGGCUGUUUACAUAAUUAAAAUUUAUUUCCUGCAUUUGUCUAACACCAGGCAUGAAGUAACUUCAGUGUAAUGACAUUGGUGAAAUAAACUAGUUCAGUGUGUCAUUUUUCUCCUGAAACUAGGCUCUUUCCCAGUUCCAAGAAAAUGUUCUAAGGUGGCUCUUCCUGUAAUUGGUAAUGACAAAAUGGAUAAAACUACCCUUGAUCAUCAGUUAGUGUAAACACUUCCCACCCCUGCAGUAUUUUCUCUUCCUUGAGCUUUUGCUCAAGAGCUGAAAGUUAGUUUCUUUCUAGAGAGGCAGCCUCUUAAAGUUAUUUCCUUGCUAACUAGCAGCAGUUAACUAGCAAGAGUCUGUUUUCCAGUUCUCUAACCAUGGUAACCAUGGGAGGCUCAUCUGUGGCAUCAGUCCCACAAGGACAGUAGAAGCAUGAUCUCUGUCGCUGCGUGGAUUCAGGGUUGGCAGUGUUGACAGCAGAUGUGCGACACUGACUUCAGCGGAUGUUGCAGUUACCAGCAGAAAGUUUUUGCAGUCGUAACUGCCUAUCCAUCCAAAGAAAAUUUGUGGCUUUAUGUUCCUGCAGAUACAGGUAACUUCAGGGUGGAACGUACAUAAACUUCUAUGGUGAUAACACUUCUGUAUAUCAGAAUGAGUAAUUUCCUAUGUUAUGUAAUUGUUUGACAAAAAGGUGGUAAAAAUACCCUCAGCAUUUAAUUAAAGGAUUUUUACUAUGUGCUAUAUAUUGUUAAAUAUAUGUUGAAUGAUACGUUUUGUAGAAGUUACUGGCUUUGUUAUGUAGUAGUAUAUUUUUAUAGACAAUUCUUAUAUAUUGAAAUGUUACGAAUAUUUUCAUAAGAGAUUUAUAUUCAUUGUUGCUAAUAAA